UCAGCUUGCUGCAGACUCAUUCUCUCUUCCACUCCACCUUCUCUCUCCUCCUCCUCUUGCUGCUGCUCCUCCCUGCACAUCCAUCGCAGCUCUAUGGACAUGGACCGGCCAAGCUUCUUACUCAAGCUCUUCUGUUUGCUGGUAUGCCUUCUGCCUAUUCUCCAGGCAUGUCCUCAGAACUGUCACUGCCACGGAGGAGACCUCCAUCAUGUCAUCUGUGACAAUGUUGGACUGAGAAGGAUUCCCAAGGUAGCCGAGCAAACCCGGCUUCUUAAUCUGCAGAGGAACAACUUCCCUGUCCUGCCAACCAAUGGCUUCCGAGACAUGAGGAACCUUGUGUCUCUCCACCUCCAGCAUUCCCACAUCAAAGAGAUCUCCAGUGGAGCCUUCCGGGGCCUGAAGCAGUUGGUCUACCUUUAUUUGUCUAACAAUGACAUCAGUGUCAUAAAGAUGGGAGCCUUUGAUGACCUGACACAACUCACCUACCUCUACAUAGACCAUAACAAGAUCCCUGACCUGCCCAAGGGGCUCCUCUCCCCACUGAUUAACCUCUUCAUCCUUCAGCUAGGUAGCAACAAGCUCAGAGAGUUGAGAGCAGGAGCCUUCCAUGGUGCAAAGGACCUUCGCUGGCUCUAUCUCUCCAAUAACUCCAUCUCUUCCAUCCAGCCGGGAACCCUGGAUGAUGUGGAAAACCUAGCUAUAUUCCACUUGGAUAAGAACCAGCUGACCAGCUACCCACUGGCUGCCAUGAGCAAACUGAGGGUCGUGGAGGACCUGAAGCUCUCACACAACCUAAUGAAAGUCAUUCCAGACUUAGCCUUCCAGUCUUUUGGGCGCUACAUGGAGACCCUCAGCCUGGAAAACAUGGGCCUAGAAAAGAUUUCAGAUAGAGCAUUUGCUGGUGUAACCACACUGAAGACCGUUCACAUUGAGAACAACAAACUUUCCAGUCUUCCUGGGAGCUUCCCAUUCAACCGUCUGGAGACGCUCACCCUGUCUAACAACCCUUGGCAUUGCUCCUGUCAACUAGCACCUCUGCGCAGGUGGCUGGAAUCUACUCGCUCACGCCCGGAUGCAACCUGUGCAUCACCCUCUCAGGCUCGAGGACAGCAGAUUCGAGACACUGCUACACUCCGCAGCUGCAAGCUCCCCACUAAGAGGUCCAAGAAAGGAAGUCGCCAUUAAGCAGGCAGUUGAGGACACAGGAAAGCUAGUCCAGGUGACUGGCCACUUCAAUCAAUCAGAAAACUACUGACUCCUUCCAAGCCCUUCAUCCCCAAGCAUCUCCUUUCCAUUAAGAAUCUUCUAAUAUAUCCAAUCAAAUCCAUUUCCUGCUAAAAGCAGGUUGCAGGGUGGUCUAUCCACCAUUCAACUUUUUUCCUGAUAUUAUAUGUAUUAUUUUAAAAGAUAUGUUUUUAAAAAACUAAACUUAUGCAUGACAGUGCUAAGACAAGCUAAACUAGAUCCUGCUGGUAAAAUACAGUCAUCUCUCUUAAUGUCAUUCAGCUACUCAGUUUGUCCCUAGGAGCCUUUCUACAUGAGCCAUUUAUUGUGGGCUCAUGAUUCCUCACUCAUGGUAGUUCAGGAGUGCUUUACAUGACAUCCACCUCCUCCAGGGCCUCUCCCAUGCUUUGCAACCAUUUUAGAGGUGUGUUUUUUUCUAAUGAGGAAAGUCUGGUAUAUCAUGAAUGGCGGCAU